UGUGUUAUUUAUUUCGAACAUGUGAGCAAUUUUUGUGUAUUGUAAAUACCAAAAACAAAAAAUCGGAAUUGUUAUCGGCUGCCAUAAAUUUAUGGCUUUAAUAAUUAAAUUAUGCUAUCUAUGUCUUUAUUUGUUAAUAAUAUUUUUCUCAUUACUAGGUGAUUAUAUUAUUGCUUUACCAAGACCAAAUACAUUGAUUAUGUAUUUGGUUGCCAUAGCUGAUACAUUGAUACAUGGUUUACAUGCAUUUCUUACCUGGUUUAUGUUAAUACUCUUAAAGAUUCGUACAAGUCAUUCAUUAUAUUUCUGUGAUACGAAAUUAAUCGUUUAUGACAUUCUUACCUCUUCGAUCAUUUCGAUAUUAAUCGAUUUUGAUCAUGUGAUUGUCGCUAAAUCUUUUUCCAUUCAUAAUAUUCAUCAAUUGACUGGACGACCAUUUCUGCACAAUACAGCAGCAUUAUUGAUCAUAUCAUUAUUGUUAAUUCAUUCACCCAUUGUAAAUGACGAUCAACAGACAAUUUCUUAUUAUAAUCGUUUUGGUUGGUUAUUACUAAAUGCUACGAUAGCACAUCAUAUUCGUGAUGGUUUACGACAUGGCCUUUAUCUUUAUCCAUUUCCAUCAACAAAUCCAAUAUCUUUGGUCCUUUGUUUUAUGAUUUUUUUUCUACUUCCAAUUAUUAUUCAUUUGUAUAGCCAAUGUAUUAAUGUUGAUUUUGGUUAUUUAAGCCAUUCAGCAUCAAGAAUGAUGAGAGAAAUUUCUGUUUAAGUUAUUAAUUUUUUUUUCAUUCAAAAAUUUCUAUGUUGUGAUGAU